AUGUAUGUCUUGACGUGUACUUGCAUACGUGAAAUACACACACGAUAUCUCCUGAUUAAUAACAAGUCUACUCUAGUUUUACUUUUGUAUACCGCGCACGGACCAUUCUUCUUCUUACCAAAUGAUCAUUCUAUCGCAUGUUUUCUAUUUAAUUUAGCCACCUACCAACAAGAUCCUCAACCUGUUGGCGGCAAUCCUUUUACAACAAGCAGUAGCCAAAGAUAUCAAAAUCCUGAGAUCCCUCAAGAACAAUAUGGCCGACGCUAUGGAGGAGGAAACCCAUUUACCAAUAAUUACCAAUAUGGAGGAAGUGGCGGAGGCGGCGGAGGGCAGAGGAUUAUGAUGGACGCACCCCCUCGGGCCAACACUGGCAUGUAUCAGCAACAGCCGGACAACUGGAUGGACCAAUCGUACGAAAGGGAAAGAUUCAUAUCUAUCUAUCUAUCUAUCUAUCUAUCUAUCUAUCUAUCUAUCUAUCUAUCUAUCUCAGUCUGUUCAUCUCUCUCUCGCUCUUUCUAUCUAUCUCAGUAUGUUCAUUAUCUAUCUAUCUAUCUAUCUAUGAAGUCUAAUCCAGCCUUUCUUUCUAUCUAUCUAUCUAUCUAUCUAUCUAUCUAUCUAUCUAUCUAUCUAUCUAUCUAUCUACCCAAUGAGUGCGUAUAA